CCCUCGCUCCCCGCCGCUCUCCAUGAACCGGGCGAAAUAAGCCGCGCCUCCAGCAGGGGCUGCGCCUCCAUGAAUCCCUAGUUUUUUUUUUUUUUUUCUUUCUUUCCCCGCUCCUCACCCUCCACCCCGGGUCCGGUCCCGCCUUCUCCUUUCGCCAGCGGCGGCUGCGGCCAGGUGCGGAGUCCAGAGCGGAGCGCAAUGGCGUCCAACCCCGAACGGGGGGAGAUUCUGCUCACGGAGUUGCAGGGAGAUUCCCGAAGUCUUCCAUUUUCUGAGAAUGUGAGUGCUGUUCAAAAAUUAGACUUUUCAGAUACGAUGGUGCAACAGAAAUUGGAUGAUAUCAAGGAUCGAAUCAAGAGAGAAAUAAGGAAAGAACUGAAAAUCAAAGAAGGAGCUGAAAAUCUGAGGAAAGUCACAACAGAUAAAAAAAGUUUGGCUUACGUGGACAACAUUUUGAAAAAAUCAAAUAAAAAAUUAGAAGAACUGCAUCAUAAGCUACAGGAACUAAAUGCACAUAUUGUUGUUUCAGAUCCAGAAGAUGUUACAGAUUGCCCAAGGACUCCAGAUACUCCCAGCAGUGACCCUCGUUGUUCCACUAGCAAUAAUAGAUUGAUGGCCUUACAAAAACAAUUGGAUAUAGAACUUAAAGUAAAACAAGGUGCAGAGAACAUGAUACAAAUGUAUUCAAAUGGAUCUUCAAAGGAUCGGAAACUCCAUGGCACAGCUCAGCAAUUGCUCCAGGACAGCAAGACGAAAAUAGAAGUGAUACGCAUGCAGAUUCUUCAGGCAGUCCAGACCAAUGAAUUGGCUUUUGAUAAUGCAAAACCUGUGAUAAGUCCUCUUGAACUUCGGAUGGAAGAAUUAAGGCAUCAUUUUAGGAUAGAGUUUGCAGUAGCAGAAGGUGCAAAGAAUGUAAUGAAAUUACUUGGCUCAGGAAAAGUAACAGACAGAAAAGCACUUUCAGAAGCCCAAGCAAGAUUUAAUGAAUCAAGUCAGAAGUUGGACCUUUUAAAGUAUUCAUUAGAACAAAGAUUAAAUGAACUUCCCAAGAAUCAUCCCAAAAGCAGUAUUAUUAUUGAGGAGCUUUCACUUGUUGCAUCACCAACACUAAGUCCACGUCAAAGUAUGAUAUCUACACAAAACCAGUAUAGUACACUAUCCAAACCAGCAGCACUAACAGGUACUUUGGAAGUUCGUCUUAUGGGCUGUCAAGAUAUUCUAGAGACAGUCCCUGGACGGUCAAAAGCAACAUCGGUUGCACUACCUGGUUGGAGUCCAAGUGAAACCAGAUCGUCUUUCAUGAGCAGAACAAGUAAAAGUAAAAGUGGAAGUAGUCGAAAUCUCCUAAAAACCGACGACUUAUCCAAUGAUGUCUGUGCAGUUUUGAAGCUAGAUAAUACUGUGGUUGGUCAAACGAGCUGGAAACCCAUUUCCAAUCAGUCAUGGGACCAGAAGUUUACACUGGAACUGGACAGGUCACGUGAACUGGAAAUUUCAGUUUAUUGGCGUGAUUGGCGAUCUCUGUGUGCUGUAAAAUUUCUGAGGUUAGAAGAUUUUUUAGACAACCAACGGCAUGGCAUGUGUCUCUAUUUGGAACCACAGGGUACUUUAUUUGCAGAGGUUACCUUUUUUAAUCCAGUUAUUGAAAGAAGACCCAAACUUCAAAGACAAAAGAAAAUUUUUUCAAAACAACAAGGCAAAACAUUUCUCAGAGCUCCUCAGAUGAAUAUUAAUAUUGCCACUUGGGGAAGGCUAGUGAGAAGAGCUAUUCCUACAGUAAAUCAUUCUGGCACCUUCAGCCCUCAAGCAGGUCCUGUGCCGGCUACAGUGCCCGUGGUUGAUGUACGCAUCCCUGAACUAGCACCUCCCCCUAGUGAUUCUACAGUAACCAAAUUGGACUUUGAUCUUGAACAUGAACCUCCUCCGGCCCCACCACGUGAUUCUUCCCUUGGAGAAACAGAUGAAUCUGCUAAAUUAAGAGAUUUGGAUACACCAGGAGAGGAUUCAGAGACUGUCUUUGAUAUUGAGAAUGACAGAAAUAGUAUACUUCCGAAAUCUCCAUCUGAAUAUGAGCCUGAUAUUCCUCAACAAGGCCUAGGAUACAGUGGUAUUCGAGAACUUGAGGAUAGAAGAGCUCAACCGAUGUUUCAGUUUAAUCUACAAGACUUCAGAUGUUGUGCUGUCUUGGGUAGAGGACAUUUUGGAAAGGUGCUUUUGGCUGAAUAUAAACACACAAACGAGAUGUUUGCUAUAAAAGCCUUAAAGAAAGGAGACAUUGUGGCCCGAGAUGAAGUAGACAGCCUGAUGUGUGAAAAAAGAAUUUUUGAAACUGUGAAUAGUGUAAGACAUCCGUUUUUGGUGAACCUUUUUGCAUGUUUCCAAACCAAAGAGCAUGUUUGCUUUGUAAUGGAGUAUGCUGCCGGUGGGGACCUAAUGAUGCACAUUCACACUGAUGUCUUUUCUGAACCAAGAGCUGUAUUUUAUGCUGCAUGUGUAGUUCUUGGGUUGCAGUAUUUACAUGAACACAAAAUUGUUUAUAGAGAUUUGAAAUUGGAUAACUUAUUGCUAGAUACAGAGGGCUUUGUGAAAAUUGCUGAUUUUGGUCUUUGCAAAGAAGGAAUGGGAUAUGGAGAUAGAACAAGCACAUUUUGUGGCACUCCUGAAUUUCUUGCCCCAGAAGUAUUAACAGAAACAUCCUAUACAAGGGCUGUAGAUUGGUGGGGACUUGGAGUUCUUAUAUAUGAAAUGCUCGUUGGUGAGUCUCCCUUUCCUGGUGAUGAUGAAGAGGAGGUUUUUGACAGUAUUGUAAAUGAUGAAGUAAGGUAUCCAAGGUUCUUAUCUACAGAAGCCAUAUCAAUAAUGAGAAGGCUAUUAAGAAGAAAUCCUGAGCGGCGCCUUGGAGCUGGUGAGAAAGAUGCAGAAGAUGUAAAAAAGCACCCAUUUUUCCGGCUAAUUGAUUGGAGUGCUCUCAUGGACAAAAAAGUCAAGCCGCCAUUUGUACCUACCAUUAGAGGACGAGAAGAUGUUAGCAAUUUUGAUGAUGAAUUUACCUCAGAAGCACCUAUUCUGACUCCACCUCGAGAACCAAGGAUACUUUCAGAAGAGGAGCAAGAAAUGUUCAGAGAUUUUGACUACAUAGCUGAUUGGUGUUAAGUUCCUAGACACUGUGAAACCAAGCAAACUGACUCACAAGAAGACCUCUUAACAAUAGCAACCUUUCAUUUGCUCUCUGUGCCACCAGUAGCUUCUGAGUUUUUUGUUUAAACACAUGAAGAUUUCUUUAAAAGUACUAUUCUAAAACCUUCUUGAAAGUGGCUUCUUAAUGUAUUUUCAACGUAAAUCUGAGCACUGGAAACAGUUUCAUGGAGUUUAAGUGGAAUGAACAUCGGCCAUGAAAACCUAUCACAAAUGAAUACUUUUGGAUCAAUAGUCUAUUUUUUAAAAAAAAGGAAAAAAAAAAAAAACCACUCUU